AUGUCCCAUAAUCCUAAUAUUCGUUCUGGAGGACGUGUGGAGUGUGAUGAGGCUCACGGAUACUACGGUGAACACGUUGAUCCUAGCAGUAGUACAGAGUUCGUAGGAAAUCCAGUACUUCCACAGUAUAUGGUUACAUCUGACAAGGAAUGGGUACACCCGCUGUCAGACGUGGUAUACGAAGAUGCAUAUCAAUUUCAUGAUCUGAGAAAUAUGGGGCAGCAGUUGGACUAUGCUGAAGAAGUGUGUCUUCCUACUAAUGCGCAAACCUAUAUGGAAACAGGAAGCAAUCUACAUGAAAGUCUGCACGUAGUAGCUAAUGAGGUUGUAAUUAAUGACAUGUUAUGGAAUGCUGUAGAAACUCAGCAGUAUGUCUCUGCUGUUCAUCAAGAUUUCGCACAGCAGUAUUUGCAGUCAGAUGUUAGUCAAACAGGAGCACCUCGCGAAAUAGAAGCUGUUCUGGGUACUUAUGGAGUGCAUCAUAUCGCUCACAAUUCCUCAUCCGAAUGGGAAGUAGAGACGAAUCAUUCUAUACAAUACGAUAGCAGACCGGUGAUUAUGUUCGAAGGACCAGUAAACCAAUCUGAAAAUGCACUUCCUCCACAUCAUGUUCAAAUUUUACGGUCUAAAACGAAAUCGCAGCCAUGUCAUUCAUUACAUGGAGAAUUGGCUAACAGAACUAUUGAGCCAGCAAUAGACCCCGCAGUAGAUCGUUGUUUAGUUUCAUUGGAUGAGUUGUGUGGACCGCAUUUUGAAACCACUGAACACCAACGGUAUGUGCAAUGGCCAACGUUCCAUAGCCACUGUGAGAUGGCAGAUUCGACAAGGAAAGGAGAAAGUUUGUAUAACUGGACAGGUAAUGGUCGUCAACAUGGAACACGAGUAUCGAGGAUCGAUCGAACAACCCAGUUUACUACUACUUCAUCACAAGCAACGUCGUCUACAUUACAAAGUUCACCGCUUAAUUCUGGUCUAAUUAGACCACCGCUAUUAUCAAAUGUGUCUGGUACAGAGGUUAUGCGAGGGCCACAUUUGCUGAUAGGAAAUGCAGUAAAUACUACUGCUUCGUCCAUAGGUUGUUAUGAUCAUGCUUAUCAUCGUAACCGUUCGUCUGAACACCGUGGAGCACCAACUUCGAAUUACCAUCAAGCAGUGAAAAUUGGAAGGCCGGUUGCACGUACAGUUGAUGCAAACUCAGUAUCUGGUCUAGACGAUGGGGCAUGUACUUCUGAACGAUUUUUGGAUAAUUCUGCUUUAGAUAGCAUGUCUACUUCUGGUUUUACUACGGAAAUAUUUGAUGAGAACCAGGAUAGUGUCCACCAUCUGAAGAAGUGGUCUUCGUCGUUCAUUAACAAGGGCGAUUCCCAGUGUUCAGAUAAAAAUAGCUAUCCAAGAAAUGUCCAAGGUACGCUAGGGUCCUGUGCUACGUCCACUUCAAAAUCCGAGAAACAGUUCACUGUUGUGAGAGAUGAAUACGGCCGCUUACGUCGAUUCAAAAGAUUGCAGGAUGGAACAUUACUUACAAGGAACCCAUCUCAGAACAACCUUAUUUCCCAGGUGGGCCGAAUUACCACGGAGACGAGUGUAGGUACUAAACGACAUAGGCCUCGAUCUCCGAUAGCCGGAACUCUGUGGGAUGUGCAGUCGGUAGCUGGCAAAUGUGGGAACAUAGGAGGAAGGCGCGUAGGUCAGUGGACACGGUCUCAAGCAUUCCUAACAUCUUGGAAUCCCUAUAUAUCAACAUCGAAGUGCGAAGGUGCUCAUCAACGUCGGAAUUCGAACGUAGCAAAGCGUCAAAAGCGUUCAAGAAGAAGCGUGCUGCUCGAUCGUGACCCCGCUGUGGCCACUCGUAGAGGUGUACAGAAAGCUGGUCGUCCUUUAAAGAGAUUCCGUGGAAGACUUGCCAAGCAGAAGCAAGCAAUUCGAGAGGCGGAGAUAUCUGAAAAAGUGGCAAUAAGGCAAAGGGAGCUACCAGUCCUUGAUCUAAUUUUGAAGUUUAUAGAAGAUCCUACAAUUGAACUUCCAUUAGAAGCAACCACAUUUGUUGAUUCAUCUAUUAUCCAUGACACGUCACUGCUUCAUGAAGUAGGCGAAGCGCUGAAAGAUUUAGUUACGCAAAUCUCUCUUGAAGAACUACAACCAAAAAGAGAUAUUAAAUCUCGUUCGCGACGCAAUUGGGAACACCUCUCAAAACGAGUGCGUUCGAAAAGGCAGGAGUAUCGAAAAUUCAACACCCCCGUCGACCAACGUAGCCCUCCACCUCCACCGUUAAGGAGCAAACCAAAAGGUCGAAACUCUGAGAAGUAUCGACAAGCAGUUCUGGAGCAAGAUAAGAAGCAGAGUGGGGAGCGGGCUACUUCAAAUAUUCCCGUUCUGGGUUCUUCACCACUACGGGGAUCUAAACUCUUGAAUACAAGCCAAGAGGGAGUUGCAGAAACUCGAGAUGAGGGAGCUGAACAUGUGUACCGUUAUUCUGUUUAUGAACAAAGUUCUUCUUUGCCCUCAAAAUCUCCUACGGCGUUCGCUGCGAACAGUGGGAGCGGAUAG